AUGGGUCGUUUUGCCCCAACGAUAUCGGCCCCCCUGGGACUCACGCGCUCCUUCCGAAGUAAUUUUCCACUACCCCUGCUACAAUCCUUCCCAAAUGCCCGACUCUACUCCCAAACUCAGAGCGACCAAGUGGCCGCGACCCGUUCCACGAUCGCGCAACUUUUGCGGCAGAUAGACUCCAAACACACAGCCCAACAGUACCUCUCCUACUUCAGCACCCCAACCUUUUCUGCGCGGCCCUUUGCCGUGAUCAAGGUGGGUGGUGCUAUCUUGACCGACCACCUUCCGUCUCUUGCAUCGGCCAUCGCUUUCCUCAGUCAUAUCGGUCUCUACCCCAUCCUGGUGCAUGGCGCAGGGCCGCAGCUCAACACGUCACUCUCGGCAGCGGGGGUCAAGCCAGAAUUCCACGAAGGAAUCCGAGUCACUGAUGGCCGUACCCUGGCACUGGCUCGCACCGCCCUUCUCGAAGAGAACUUCAAGCUUGCUCAAGAGCUCGAGAGUAUCGGCGUGUCGACCCGCCCGUUGACCUCGGGCGUUUUCCAAGCCGAAUACCUGGACGCAAGCAAGUACGGCCAUGUAGGCAGAAUCGUCCAGAUCGAAGACUCAUCCAUUCAGGCGGCUCUGCGUGCGUCUUGUGUCCCGGUGGUGACUUGCAUGGCGGAGACUUCUGAUGGGCAGGUCCUCAACGUGCACGCCGAUCUGGCAGCCAGUGCGCUGGCCCGGGCGCUUCGUCCGGAGAAGGUGGUAUACCUGUCGGAAACUGGCGGGUUAGUGAAUGGAAGGACAGGAAGAAAGAUGGACGUAAUCAGUUUGGAGUGGUUACGGGAGCAGGAAUGGACACGAUUGGGGAUGCGAUGGCGAGUCCGGAUGCGAGCGGUGCGCGAGAUGUUGGAGGGCGAAGACGGCGAAGAGGCGAGAGUGUCCAUUGUGCAUCCCAGAGGUCUGUUGAAAGAGGUCUUUGCAGGCGAAGGCCAGGGAGAGGGAACGGUUAUCCGGCGAGCGAGGAAUACGAGAAGGAUUGCUCCUGAUGGGGUGACGAUGGUGGGCCAGGUGAUGAUCCUCUUGGUAGUUACCCUGGUGGUGAUGCUCAUCCUUGACCUCGGCAAGCUGAAAUCCGGGUCAACGUCCGGUCAGCCCUAA